CGGAACCCGAGCCGGCCGCCGUUCGCGGGGAUCCCGGGCAUCCUUCUGCAGCUGCCGCGUGAAGAGGGCGCCGUAGCCGCCUGCCCAGCCCGGAGAGCGUUCGGGGCCGCUGGGGGCCGCGCUAGCCGCUCCCCGGCCGGCCCGGGCAGCGGGGCACUCAGGGCGCGCCUGCCGAGCGCCCCAGGAGGCGGCGUGCGCGCAGGACGUGCGGCGGUGGCAGUGCGCGCUGCGGGACUUCGGUGCAGCUCCUCAAGGGUGCGACCCCCGAGCGCGCCUGCCGCGCCACCAUGAGGGCGCGGCCGCGGGUCUGCGAGGCGCUUCUCUUCGCCCUGGCGCUCCAGACCGGCGUAUGCUACGGCAUCAAGUGGCUGGCGCUGUCCAAGACCCCGGCGGCCCUGGCGUUGAACCAGACGCAGCACUGCAAGCAGCUGGAGGGGCUGGUGUCUGCUCAGGUGCAGCUCUGCCGCAGCAACCUGGAGCUCAUGCACACCGUCGUGCAUGCCGCCCGUGAGGUCAUGAAGGCCUGCCGCAGGGCGUUCGCCGACAUGCGCUGGAACUGCUCCUCCAUUGAGCUUGCCCCCAACUACCUGCUUGACCUGGAGAGAGGGACCCGGGAGUCAGCCUUCGUGUAUGCGCUGUCGGCGGCCGCCAUCAGCCACGCCAUCGCCCGGGCCUGCACCUCCGGCGACCUGCCCGGCUGCUCCUGCGGCCCUGUCCCAGGUGAGCCACCCGGGCCCGGGAACCGCUGGGGAGGAUGUGCGGACAACCUCAGCUACGGGCUCCUCAUGGGGGCCAAGUUUUCCGAUGCUCCUAUGAAGGUGAAAAAAACAGGAUCCCAAGCCAAUAAACUGAUGCGUCUACACAACAGUGAAGUGGGGAGACAGGCUCUGCGCGCCUCUCUGGAAAUGAAGUGUAAGUGCCACGGGGUGUCUGGCUCCUGCUCCAUCCGCACCUGCUGGAAGGGGCUGCAGGAGCUCCGGGAUGUGGCCGCUGACCUCAAGACCCGCUACCUGUCGGCCACCAAGGUCGUGCACCGACCCAUGGGCACCCGCAAGCACCUGGUGCCCAAGGACCUGGAUAUCAGGCCUGUGAAGGACUCGGAGCUUGUCUAUCUACAGAGCUCACCCGACUUCUGCAUGAAGAACGAGAAGGUGGGCUCCCAUGGGACGCAAGACAGGCAGUGCAACAAGACAUCACACGGCAGUGACAGCUGUGACCUCAUGUGCUGUGGCCGCGGCUACAACCCUUACACGGACCGCGUGGUCGAGCGCUGCCACUGCAAGUACCACUGGUGCUGCUACGUCACAUGCCGCCGCUGCGAGCGCACGGUGGAGCGCUACGUCUGCAAGUGAAGCCCCGCCCGCGC